AUCGAGGAAGAGUCAAUGGUUCAUUUACACUACUAUGCCUUAAACAUAAUGCUUAAAGCUUAAAAUGUUACAAACUCUAAGAUUAUUAAAUUAGAAUAUAUUUAAUUGAAAUAAAAACCGUCGGACGAUGGUGAUGUGCCAAAGGGAUACAGUAGUGUCAGUUCAGAAACGACGGUGACGUGUACGGUAUGGCGGAGGGCGAAGCGACAGGUGUAGCAGACGCGGUGCUCCUGGCACCACUUACAGAGGACACGUUUCUGCACAACUUGCAUGUCCGCUUCAAGCGUGAUGUUAUUUAUACCUAUGUUGGCAAUGCCUUAAUUUCGGUGAAUCCAUGCCGGCCCUUGCCACUCUACUCAGCAGACCUGGUGCGUGCCUAUCUCGCCCGACCACCAUACACGUUGCCCCCACAUUUAUAUGCAAUAACAGUGACCGCUUACCGUUGGGUGCGAGAUAGAAACGAGAGUCAGUGCAUAGUGAUUACAGGGGAGAGCGGCGCGGGGAAGACGGAGGCGGCGCGCGUGUGCCUGCAGUGCGCGGCCGUGGCGGGCGGCGGCGGCGGCGAGCGGCUGGCGGCGGCCGGCACGCUGCUAGAGGCCUUCGGGAACGCCGCCACCACGCGCAACCACAACGCCAGCCGCUUCGGCAAGCUGCUGGAGAUAGAGUUUGAUUUCAAAGGCGAACCGGUUGGCGGUCACAUAACGCACUAUCUUUUAGAAAAGGAGCGGACCUGUAGCGUGUCGGAGGGAGAGAGGAACUUCCACGUGCUCUACCAGCUGCUGGCCGGCGCCGACGUACAUUUGCUCAAGCGUCUCCGGCUGCAACGUUCGUGGGAGCACUACCGCGUGCUGCGGGGCGAAGCGCUGGACGCCGCCCUCUCCCCGCGCCGCUCUCCCGCCCCGCCCCGCGCUGCGCCCCCUGAACAUGCGCGGGACAACGAACACUUCGCAUUUACUAAGGCGGCCAUGGCGUCCCUGGGGUUCACCGGGGCGGAGUGCGGCGCCGUGCUGCGGGUGCUCGCCUUCGUGCUGAAGCUGGGCAACGUGCAGUUCGAGCCGCAGCACAACAUCGACGGCUCCAUCGGCGUGCGCCUCGAGCAGCAGUACGAAUUGGUAGAAGCGUGUGCGCUAGUUGGGGUGGAGGCAGCAGAGCUCGCCGCGGCCCUGGGCGCCCCCCCACUGUCGCACCGGGAUCCUGAUGCUGAAGAAGAAGAAAUGGCAAGAAGUGAAGAUGUAGAGGACAGCGUUGAGGGGGAGGAGGACGGCGAAGGCAGUGCGGAGUGGGCGUCGGCGCUGCGGGACCGCCUGCUGUGCGCGCUGUACUCGCGACUCUUCACCUGGCUCAUCAACUCCGUCAACGAGGCCAUCAAGCCGGCAGCGGCGGGCAAGCGGUGCUCGCUGGGCAUCCUGGACGUGUACGGGUUCGAGCGGCUGGCGCGCAACGGGCUGGAGCGCCUGCUCAUCAACUACGCGGCCGAGCGCGUGCAGGCCGCCGUCACCGGCGCCACGCUGCGCCGCGAGCAGGACGACUACGCGCGCGAGGGCCUGCCCUGGCGCCCCCUGCGCUACGCCGACCACGAGGCGCACGCCGACCUGCUGGACGCCGGGCCCGACUCGCUGCUGGCCGCGCUCCGGGACGCCAGGACCGACGCCGCCUUCCUGCAGCGUCUGCAGCGGCGCCGCCACCCGCGCCUGCUGCCCGACCCACCUGACCGCUUCCAGGUGGUGCACUUCGGUGGCGCCGUGACGUACUGCGCCCGCGGCAUCGUGGACAAGAACCGCGACGCCGUGUCCGCCCGACUCAGCGCCGUGCUGGGGGCCGCCCGGGAGCCGCUCCUGGCCGCGCUGUUCGCGGGCCGGGAGUCCCCGCGCCGCGUGUGCGCGCUGGCCUGCAGGCAGAGGGCGCUGGUGGCCGCGCUGGUCCGCAGGCUGGGGCCCGCGCCGCGGCUCGUGCGCUGUCUGCGGCCCGACGCGGGGCUCCGCCCUCACCGCUGGGACGCGCCGCUGCUCAGGCACCAGCUACGCUCGCAGGGCAUCCUCGACAUGGCGCUGCUGCGUCGCGCGGGCUGGUGCGAGUCCAUGUGCGCGCGCGCGCUGGUGGCGCGGUACGGCGUGCUGCAGGGGGCGCGGGGGGGCCCCUCGGCGAGCGCGUCCCCCCGCGCCUCGCCCGCCCCCCGCGACUGCCCGCUGCGGGCGGCGCGCGCGCUGCUGCGGUCCCUGCCCAUCCCGAGCGCGGAGUUCGCGUACGGACGGACGAAAGUAUUCAUUCGCAGUCCCCGGACGGUUUGGGAAUUGGAAGCGCUACGUAGCGCCCGUGUGGAGCAGCUGGUGGUGCGACUGCAGCGAGCCUGGCGCCGACACCGCGCCGCACGCCGCGCCGUCGUGCGGCACGCAGCGCAGCGGGUCAUCGCGCGCGCGUGGAGAGCGCAUAAGAAGCGGCGACGAUUGCUGAGUAGGGACACGCAGUCACCGGCCGCCGUCAAGAUCUGGCGCUGGUGGUGCCGAGCAGCCCGGCGCCGCUACUUGAGCAGACUGUGGCGCCGCCUCCCCGCGCGGCACCUGUCCCCCGCGUGCGUGUCCUGGCCCGCCUGCCCGCAGCCCCGCCUGCUGGCGCGCGCGGACGCCCUGCUGCGCCGCAUACACCACGCGUGGCGCUGCCGCCUCUACCGCGCUGCCUUCGACCAGACCGCCCGGAACCGCAUGCGGGAGAAGGUCACCGCCAGCGUCCUCUUCAAGGAUCGGAAGGCGAACUACAGUCGGAGCGUGGGGCAUCCGUUUGUGGGGGACUAUGUGAGGCUGCGGGCCUCGGCGGAGUGGAGACGGGGCGCGACCGCCACGGACCGGUACGUGGUGUUCGCGGACGUGGUGGGGAAGGUGGCGCGGGGCAGCGGGCGGGUGGCGCGCUGCCUGGCGGUGCUGUCCACGGCCGCGCUGCUGCUGCUGGAGCCGCGCUCCCUCCGCCUCAAGAGACGAGUGCCCGCCCACAGCGUCUACAGACUGUCGCUCUCGCCCUACGACGACGACUUGCUGGUGGUCCACGUCAGAGCCUGCGGAGGCGCCGAGAGCUCCACUGAGGAGUUGUCGCAGUGCUCCUCGCGCGACGCUCCCGACGCCCCGGGCUGCUUAUUUGCGGGCGAGGGCGCGUGGCGGCGGCGCGGCGACGUGGUGGUUCGGACGUGCCACGUGCUGGAGCUGGCCACCAAACUGUUCCUCGUGGUGCAGAACGCUGUAGGAGCGCCGCCCCAUGUAAAUAUCGCGCCAGAGUUCGAAGCAAACUUCGGUGGGCAACUAGUCACGGUAUCCUUCCACGCGCUGGGCGAAGGGGGGGCUCGGCUGGCGCGGAGGGGGGACAGGCUAGACGUGCUGCUCUGAUGACGUCACACAUCUCGCCACGCUGGAUCCAUUGCAGCAAGUCUUGCACUUGUCUCGCGGACAUCGCGAACCUUGCUAUGACGUCACAACAACCUUGAUGACGUGGCAGCUAUGUGUCACAACUGUCCUUAAGAAAAGAGGUUUCGGUCAAGAAAAUGUUCAAGUGUGCUUGAAGGAAGUGAAACUUCUUUGCGAUUAUGUACUACGUCAUUAGGUAGUACGUACGUAAUAUUUUAAUUUAUAUGUUAAAGAUACAAAACGAAUAUUUCACACGACCUUUUUUUUAACUACAUUCAUAGAAGUUCCACUUCGAAAGCCUAAAAGUGAAUCAUCUUUGCGCAACUUUCUAAU